UCCCAGAGAACAAACCCUUCAGCCCUCUUUGCUAUAUUGACUGAGCUGUCAGCGGACUCAGGCUUAUGAGGAGGUUCUGUCACAGAAGACAGUGUCUAGUCAAGACGACAAGAAAGAGGGGAAAGGAUCGGAAAAAGAAGCUAAAAUACUGUAGAGAACCAUGAGAUCUAUUCGCUCUUUUGCCAAUGAUGAUCGCCAUGUUAUGGUGAAACAUUCAACCAUAUAUCCAUCGCCAGAAGAACUCGAAGCUGUUCAGAAUAUGGUGUCUACUGUUGAAUGUGCUCUUAAACAUGUUUCAGAUUGGUUAGAUGAAACAAAUAAAAGCACAAAAGCAGAGGGCGAGACAGAAGUGAAGAAGGAAGAGGCUGCAGAUACCCAUUCCAAGGAUCAAGGUGGUCGGACAUUGUGUGGUGUGAUGAGGAUUGGCCUGGUUGCAAAAGGCUUACUGAUUAAAGAUGAUAUGGACUUGGAGCUGGUUUUAAUGUGCAAAGACAAACCCACAGAGACCCUUUUAAAUACAGUCAAAGAUAAUCUUCCUAUUCAGAUUCAGAAACUCACGGAAGAGAAAUACCAAGUGGAACAAUGUGUAGAUGAGGCAUCUAUUAUUAUUCGGAAUACGAAAGAGCCCACAUUAACUUUGAAGGUGAUACUUACUUCCCCUCUAAUUAGGGAUGAAUUGGAAAAGAAGGAUGGAGAAAAGGUUGUGAUGAAAGAUCCUCCGGACUUAUUGGACAGGCAGAAAUGCCUGAAUGCCUUGGCGUCUCUUCGACAUGCCAAAUGGUUUCAGGCAAGGGCAAAUGGAUUAAAAUCGUGUGUAAUUGUCCUCCGAAUUCUGCGUGAUUUGUGCAACAGAGUCCCCACAUGGGCACCAUUGAAAGGAUGGCCACUAGAGCUUAUAUGUGAAAAGUCUAUAGGUACUUGUAAUAGACCUUUGGGCGCUGGGGAGGCCUUGAGACGAGUAAUGGAGUGUUUGGCAUCUGGAAUACUACUUCCUGGGGGUCCUGGUCUUCAUGAUCCUUGUGAGCGAGACCCAACAGAUGCGCUGAGCUAUAUGACUGUCCAGCAAAAAGAAGACAUCACCCAUAGUGCACAGCAUGCACUUAGACUAUCUGCGUUUGGCCAGAUUUAUAAAGUGCUGGAAAUGGACCCCCUUCCAUCUAGUAAACCUUUUCAGAAAUAUUCCUGGUCAGUUACAGAUAAAGAUGGUGCUGGGUCUUCAGCUCUGAAGAGACCAUUUGAAGAUGGAUUAACAGAUGACAAAGAUCCCAAUAAAAAGAUGAAACGAAAUUUAAGGAAAAUUUUGGAUAGUAAAGCAAUAGACCUUAUGAAUGCACUAAUGAGACUAAAUCAGAUCAGGCCUGGGCUUCAGUACAAACUCUUAUCCCAGUCUGGCCCUGUCCAUGCCCCAGUCUUCACCAUGUCUGUAGAUGUGGAUGGCACAACAUACGAAGCCUCAGGACCAUCCAAGAAAACAGCGAAGCUUCAUGUAGCAGUUAAGGUGUUGCAGGCAAUGGGAUAUCCAACGGGCUUUGAUGCAGAUAUUGAAUGUAUGAGUUCUGAUGAGAAAUCAGAUAAUGAAGGCAAAAAUGAAACAGUGUCUUCAAAUUCAAGCAAUAAUACUGGAAAUUCUACAACUGAAACCUCCAGUACCUUAGAGGUAAGAACUCAGGGCCCUAUCCUCACAGCAAGUGGCAAAAAUCCUGUGAUGGAGCUCAAUGAAAAAAGGAGAGGACUUAAAUACGAACUCAUCUCAGAGACGGGUGGAAGCCAUGAUAAGCGCUUUGUAAUGGAGGUGGAAGUAGAUGGGCAGAAAUUUAGAGGUGCAGGUCCAAAUAAGAAAGUCGCGAAGGCCAGCGCAGCUUUAGCUGCUCUGGAAAAGCUGUUUUCUGGACCCAAUGCAGCAAAUAAUAAGAAAAAGAAGAUUAUUCCUCAGGCAAAGGGUGUUGUGAAUACAGCUGUGUCUGCAGCAGUCCAGGCUGUCCGGGGCAGAGGAAGAGGAACGCUAACAAGAGGGGCUUUUGUUGGGGCCACAGCAGCUCCUGGCUACAUAGCUCCAGGCUAUGGAACACCAUAUGGCUACAGCACAGCAGCCCCAGCCUAUGGUUUACCCAAGAGAAUGGUUCUGUUACCCGUUAUGAAAUUCCCAACAUAUCCUGUUCCCCACUACUCAUUCUUUUAGCAAAUGACAGAAGCUAAUUCCUAUUGAACAACAAACAUACAGUACAAUACAGAAUGUUAGAGAAAAGCCUUUUUAUUCUGCUUUCUUUGAACACAUACUUGAUCAAAAUUAUUUGUAAAGAACAUCUUUCCUACUUUUUGAUUUUAACAAAUUGCAAAUUUAGUUCUCUAAAACUUGAAAACAAACAAACAAAAAAGAAACUAGUUCUGUGAAACGGUACCUCAUUUCUGGAAAAUACCAGCCCUUCUGUUCUAGGGAAAUAAGUCUAGCAGUUCAAAGUUUAAGUUUUAAGAGGAGUAUCAGAUUAUGUAAAAUUAAAUUUGUGAAGGAUGUAUAGUCUCAAACACUGAUCACAAAUAAACUGCUUUGUUGUAACACAGAGUACUGCCUGGUUCCUGAUGCAGUCACUGAUUUUUAGCUGAUUGAUCUGUAUUUGCCCCAGGGCACUUUAAUUCAAUUUGGGCUGUAGUUAUUUUUUUUAAUACAAUAGACUUUUCAUUUAAACUUUGUAAAUAUUAAAGUGUGUAAUAAAACCAAUAAAAUAUGGGUUUGAAUAUUGUUUUAGCUUAUUUUUUAUAUGUUUGGUAUCAAAUUACAAGGAAUUGAAAACUCAAAAUAAUUUAGCCCUAUAAGCCCAUUUGUAAGCAAACAGCUAAAAACAAAGCAAAGGCAACUGUUAGUUCGAGUCAGUCUACUUUGUAAGCCCUGUGUAGUCUUGAAGUACAAGGGCAGCCCCUGAUAAAGCUGUAUUAGCUGUAUUCUGUUAUUUGAGCAUUGCUUAUUAAAAUGAUGGCACGACCCAGAGAUGGGAAAGGAGGAAUGUGAUUAUUUCAGUUUCCGGAUUUCCAAGUUUAAAAAAAUAAAUUAAUCAGUCAAUCACC